AACAAUCUAUAGAAAGGAUUGAGUCCCUUACAAAAGCUUAAUCCAAAGCAUACAGAUGUGAUUUUCCGAAAGCGUUCUAUCUUAGUUGAAGGCGGGAAAAUAACACACCAUUACGCACCCAAAUGUUUUUGAUCGUCAAGUUCCAAAAGCAAGCAAGUAUACAUGAUUAGAGCAAUGAUGAAGCAAAUCCAGGAGGUGUUGGUGGCUUUGUUCUACAAGGCCACCGGCAUGAAGCGUUGCUCUAAGCCCCCUCAACUCGACUCCGGUGGAUUUUGUUCGAGCUGGAGACUGGCGGUGGAGGCCAACAAUGUGCGUGGGUGGCGCACCGUGCCAACCGAGUGCUUUCUCUAUCUCGAAACAUACAUGAUAGGAGGACAGUACGACCGCGAUGUGGAGUUCAUUGUUGGUGAAAUGAUGAGCUACAUGAACGGAAUCGUUCCCUUGGAUGACGGCAUGGAUGCAUGGAUCUUGGAUGUGGACGACACUUGCUUAUCCAAUGUCUUCUACUACAAGGGCAAGAGAUACGGCUGCGACCCUUAUGAUCCAUCUGCGUUCAGAGCAUGGGCGAUGGCCGGAGGGUGUCCGGCAAUUCCGGCUAUGCUGGGAUUGUUUAGCAAGCUGGUGAAUAGUGGGUCUAAGGUUAUUUUGCUGACCGGAAGAGAUGAACAAACACUUGGUCAAGUCACUAUUGAAAAUCUGCACAAUCAAGGUUUUCUUGGUUAUGAUCGGCUCAUUUUGAGGACGGAAGCUUACAAAGGGCAGGGCGCGGUGGCAUACAAGUCAGCGAUUAGGAAGCAACUGGUCGAAGAUGGUUACAGGAUAUGGGGGAAUGUUGGAGAUCAAUGGAGCGACCUCCACGGAGAUUAUAUAGGCAACCGCACGUUUAAGCUUCCUAAUCCCAUGUACUUUGUUCCUUAAUCACUAUGUAUCGCAAUUCGCAAGCAUCCACUGAAACUAAGCAAAGCUUUCAUUUCUAAACUACCUUUCUGAAGUUGUUAUUUCCCGACACUGAAACAAUUGUAUUUACAAGAAUGAAACAAGUUUAAUUA